UUUGGGACACGCAACAGUGCAGUACGUUUACGCAGCUUUCCUGGUUGUUUCCUGUCUUCUUUGCUUCGUUGGGAAUACGCUCAAUUUUGUGGUGCUUCGAAAGUUGACGGACAUUAGUGAACCUAGGAAAGUGGUAUUCUACUUCCUAUCGAUGUCGGAUCUGUGUACGGGUAUUGGUUGGGUACCCUCGAUACCGGCAGUAGUUCUGAAGUCUUGGCCAUUCGGUCGUGGAUUUUGCGUGUUUUGUAUCUACCUGAUUCUCACGAAUCUUGGUAUAUCCAUCAUCCUCAUUCUCCUCGUCACUUACGAUUGCUUCAUCGCCGUCGUUUACCCGUACAAGUACGCGUCCAUGAUCACCAAGUCCAGGGCCAUUGCAGUUUCUCUCUUCGUUACCUUUAGUUACUACGCGGUGAUGGCCGUGUUUAUAGGUGUAGGAAGCAAGGGGCCUUUCACUGAUGUUAAGUUUUAUCCGAUGGUUGGUUUCUGUUACGUUAACUUUGUUGCACGAGGACCCUUUACUUACAGCAUGUACGGUGUUUCAUACAUCCUGCUUUUGUUCGCAAUCAUGAUGACAAUCAUGCAGGGAAUGGUUGCCAACGUUUCGAGAAAACAAGCUCGUCGCAUCGCCGAAUCGGAGGGCCGGUUCAGGCACAGCGCCCUCACUGAAGACUUCAAAACGGACGCAAUGUCAUCGGACAAAACGCAGAAGCGCAAAGGCCCGAAGGGAGAUCCGCGGAUGCCGGGUAGGCGGCAACCAUCGGAGCUGAAAGGAGUGCUCGUCUGCAUCGCCGUCUCUGUGGCAUUCUUCGUUGCCUGGUUACCUACGGCAGUGUGGCAGAUUUACACGGUACAUUUUGGGGAAUGCGUGAGUUCAGUAGCUUUUAGAAUUGUGGUUAUUCUUUCCACACCACAAUGUUGGAUUAAUCCUUUCAUCUACAUGGUGAUGAAAAGGAACUAUAGGCAAAGGCUUUACAAAAUAUUGGAUCCGAUCUUCAAGCGAUGUCGGAUACAAGUCAUGACUGAUCCAUAACCAACAGACGGCUUGAACAUUGCGUGGUUCAAUGGCGGAGCAAUAGGGGAACAUGUGCCUAAUCGAAUGGCGAAAAAUAUAAGAAAAAGAAUGA